CGUGAACUCUUUCUGUUAAACCCUAACUUCCCUCCAAGAAACAAUUUCUUUGACGAUCUCUCUCUUCUUCUUCUCCACGUACCUGAGAUGGGUUGUUGUUCACUGGAUUGCUUUGUCUACUUCAUCCUCUCUAUUGCUUUAGCUUUCAUGGCCGUCUCCACCACUCUACCUUCGCCUCCAGAUUCCUACUCUACAAUCACAAAACCUAACAAACCUAUGACUCAUCAUCAUCCUCAUCCUCUCUCUUUAAACGCCUCAAAAGCUCUACGCCAAUUCAACUUCAAAGCAAUCGCCACUCUCCUCCACAUCUCCCCUGAGAUCUUCCUCUCUUCUUCUUCUUCUCCCAACACAACCCUCUUCGCUAUUGACGACUCUUCCUUGUUCAACACGUCAUCUCUCCCUCCUCUGUUUCUGAAGCAGCUUCUUCAGUAUCACACACUCCCUCUAAGGCUUCCGAUGAAUGACCUCCUCGAGAAGCCUCAAGGAACCUGUCUCCCUUCCCUUCUCCCUCACCAAAGCGUCCAAAUCUCCACCGUCGAUAAAGAAUCAAGAACAGUAGAAGUGAAUCAUGUCCUGAUCUCGCAUCCGGACAUGUUUCUUGGAGAUUCAUUGGUUAUUCACGGAGUUCUUGGACCCUUCUCACCUCUGCAACCUCACAUGGAUCAUAUCCCCCACUCAUCUUUAUGUCAAUCUGACUCAAACAAAACCAUUAUAGAAGAAGAAGAAGAAGAAGAAGCCGUCCCGGUUAAGAUAGACUGGACUCGGAUCAUUCAGCUGCUAAGUUCAAACGGGUUUGUGCCAUUUGCAAUCGGAUUGCACUCUGUUCUCAACAGGAUCGUUACGGAUCAACACAAGAACAUGACGGGAGUAACGAUUCUAGCCACACCGAGUCUGGUCUCACUGUCAUCUGCCUCUCCGUUGCUCUAUGAAGUCAUGAGACGUCACAUUCUUCCUCAACGACUUACCAACAAAGACUUGGCUGCAAUGCCUAAUAAAGCCUUACUCAAGACACUAGAUCCUUACCAAGAUCUCAUAAUCACCAGAAGAAGUGUAGUUAACUCGUCACAGUGUUUGAUGAUCUCUGGAGUUGAGAUUGUAGCUCCAGAUAUGUUCUCUUCUUCCAACUUUGUAAUCCAUGGGAUAUCACACACUCUAGAGAUCCCACGUGCAUGAUUCACCUUCUUUUUUGUUCUUUUCCUUGUAAAUAAAUAGACACAUCCAUGUAUA